AGAUUUUAUAAUACGAUGGAUCCACUCGCUCGUGAUUUCUUCUCGUACCGUUUAUAAAUUUCUCUUCAAAUUUUGUUUCCUCUCUGAUUUCUUGUUUAAAACAGAACAUUUCAGAAUUCUAUCAUAGUUCUGCUUAGUGAAGACAUCAGAAACAACACAAUUUAGCACCCGACCAAACUUUUGCUUAAAUUUGAUCGUUGAAAGAUGACUGAGGAGGUUGAAAAGGUGAGCUUGCAUGUCUACGACUUAAGCCAAGGGCUAGCUAAACAGGUCUCCACUUCGUUGUUGGGGAAGGCUAUUGAAGGCAUAUGGCACACGGGAAUAGUGGUAUAUGGUAUAGAGUAUUAUUUUGGUGGUGGGAUACUAGAGACUCCAGUUGGAACAGCACCAUAUGGGACUCCAAUUGAAAUGAUUGAGCUUGGUGUCACCAAGAUUAAAAAAGAUGACUUUGUGUCUUAUUUAAAGGAAAUAAGUCCUCGUUACACACAUGAAACAUACAAUUUACUGAAGCAUAAUUGCAAUACUUUUAGCAAUGAAGUUGCACAGUUUCUUGUUGGCACCACCAUCCCGCAGUACAUUCUUGACCUCCCUAAUGAUGUCAUGAACUGUCCACUCGCCCCUCUAAUGCUGCCGAUGAUACAAAAUCUGGAGUCUCAGUUGAGGGACAAUGAAGUCCCGCAAGUCCUUCAACUCGUAGCACCGUUACCAGCAUCAGAAGGCAGCAAAGGCCAAGGAUCAGAGGUGAUACCCAAGAAGAUUCAUGAACCCCUGGUUGAUCCACUUGGAAAUGCUCGGACUCAAGUGCAAGAUGACAUCGCUAAGGAGUUUGCUGCACUUAGGGCUCAGGGAACCCUAAGUCCCAGUGAAGCUGCUGCACUUGCCACCAGGAAUGUCAUGCAAAAAUAUGGAUUCUUGGAUUCCGCUUCCAAUUCCAAUUCAAAUGCUAUUUCCGAUUCCAAGUCUGAAUCCAAGUCCGAUUCCAAGUCCAAUUCCAAGGCCGAUUCCAAGUCCAGUUAAAACUUGGUUAGUUUUAACGGCGUCUUUCUGAUUUUUUUAACCUUCUGUUCGUGUGUAGAACGAUCGAUGGGACAAAAAUAUUAAGGGCGUUUUGUUUUGUUUUGUUUUGUAGCACGGCUUUUAAGAAACAUCUGUAUGGACCAUUUUGUCAAAUAAUGUCCUCCUUGCACUUGAAAAUUGUAACAGUUUUUUGAACUCCUUUCAAUUGUCUGAUUAGUUGUUAUUUUAUGGUGAAUUGAUUCGGAAUGGAUUGGAUUGACUUGGCUUGGCAAGAUUUCUAAUUUUGUUCCU